UACAUUAUAAUCUAACCCAACAAAAACAAAACAAACUAACAAACAUGAACCUCCUCAAACUCAACUCCCAUGUCUUCCACUCCCACAAUUUCCAUUUCUCCCAUUUUCACUCAAUUCCUCAUGAAUUCAAAUUCCCAUUCAAGCCCUUCACUCCUUUGCCACUUCCCUCCACACCCACCUUCAAAGUCUCAAGCUUUUCAAAAGCUGAACCUUCAUUUUUUGACAAUAAAGAACAACUACAAGAUGGGUAUGCUAGUGGAAAAGAAUUUGAAUACUUGGCUCAAGAUGGUGCAGUUUAUCAGAAUACUCUUAGACUGGUGGAGUGCUCUAUGUUUGCUGCUGUUUCUGGUCUUGUUUAUUUCUUGAGCGUUUCUUUAUCCAUUGAGAAUUAUUUUGGAUGCUUCUUCUCACUGCCUAUAGUAAUCUCUUCAUUGCGAUGGGGCGUUGCUGGUGGAAGGAAGACAAUGGUCGCGACAGCUAUGCUUUUGUUUGUCUUGUCUGGUCCGCUGAAAGCUUUAACAUAUCUGCUAACACAUGGCGUAGUUGGUUUCACAAUGGGUUCUUUGUGGAGGUUGAAAGCGGAUUGGGGUCUUUCUAUACUCGCAUGCACAAUUGCUCGAGCAUCAGGUGCCAUGGGGUAUGUCUUCUUAACCUCAUUCUUGAUAAGAGAAAACAUACUUGCUUUGAUUACGAUAAACAUUCAUGCUUCUCUGACGGUUAUAUUUUCUGUGAUUGGUGUCAAUACAAUUCCAUCAAUGAAUCUGAUUUACACCUUGUUUGGGAUCCUGGUAUUGCUGAAUAGUGCGUCUUUCGUGUUUUUACUACACCUUUUAUAUUCCGUGUUUCUUACACGGCUCGGGAUGAGAGAUUCAUUGAGAUUGCCAAAAUGGCUGGAGAAAGCAUUGUAAGUACAGUCAGCAUUGUUAUGGCAUCAUGUUCAGGUGGCCACAAAAAAUUUGAAGUCUUGCUCAGGAUUAUACAGUAGUACUAGCAGAAAUUCAAUUGCCAUUCAACUUAGCACUACAAUCAUCAUAACUUCAUUUUGUUUCUUCUCCUCACCCGAUUACCAUAUAUGAAUGAAGGCUGUUCGUAAUCAACCAGUCACGCUUACUCUGUAUUGUAAAAUUCAUUAGUUAUUAUAGUGCAAAAUGCCAAAGCUGUAAUGAAGUUUUACUCAACUCUAAAAUGUGAAUGAAUGUAUUUUUUUUCUU